AAGAUGGAUAUGUUGGUUAGCAAUACCAGUUUAUAACAAAAUUAUAUUUUCAACAAUAAUGCCUUAUGUCAUGUCCACAAACAGAGGUUGAAUAGUGCUGUGUGCAUCACUGGGACACAGACAAAGCACUAACAAAUGAUGUAUGACUACCGUUUCUCUUCUGUUGAUGCACAGAGCAGCCAUUUUAGAUUCUGAACUCUAAAUUGCUGCGAUUCUUCAGAUAUUCUGAGUCUGAAAUUUGACACGAGAGGCCGUUCCAGGCAACAAACGCUUAUGCUAACUGCAAUGCUACAUGCCAGUGAGAGGCCUUCUAAAGGACUUAUAGUCUACAAGCAGGAAGUAGUAGCAGAGGAAGCGAUCGCAGUUCAUGCAGAGGUUAGAGCUCCCUCUGCUGGCUUGGAGUAACAAUAAGACGCGGUUGUCGCUUCCGUAAAUUACUGAACUGUUUGUAAAUCUAACCAUAGUGAUUGAAGAAAUUACCUUUUUUUGAUUCUGAAUCAGUUGGACCAAUUUCUUUGCAAAAUGAUUGCAUUUUAUGAAGUGCCACCUGCUGGCGAUGCCUGCCGAUCAAAACGGUGUAAAUGUAAUGAAAACUUAACCUAAACUUCCAUAAAAACACUUUUUUUAAACCAAAUGCUUUGUUCAAAGUAAAUUGAAUUAAAUGCAAAUAACAAAUCAUGUAAUACUGUUUAAUGUGGGAUUUCUGUAUAAUAGAUGUACUUUUAUUGAUUUGCUGGGGCUUGGCUAAACAGACCAAUCAGACACUAUUAAAUGCUAAUCCUCCUUUUUAUUAUGCAAAUGUGACAUUAGGUACUAAGUACUAGCCCAUUAAAAUUUCAAUUUCAAUUAUUACAUAACAAAUAUUUGUUUACUGAAAUAGUGUUUCGCACUUUGAUACAUGCUCCAAUGCACUAGUUCACAACAAAUGUACAAUUUAAUUUAUUAAGAUAGCAAUAGAGGGAGCUCCUGCUGCAGAUACUGUAGGCCUGUUUCAUAGAGAGGAGGAGCAAAAUAGACUAAGAAAGAGAGAGAGAGAGAGAGAGAGAGAGAGAGAGAGACAGAGAGAUAGAGCUAGAGCUCAUCAUUAAAAGAAAGCACCAGCUCCUCACAGACCGAGCAGCAUGAUCCAGAUCUGUGAAGAUAUACUGCUCAAACUUCACCUGCUGCUGCUGCUCACGUCAGUCUGUGAGACGAGUGAGAUCUUGACUUUCACUGCUCAUGAAAGAGGGACGGCUGAGAUACGGUGCCCAUAUGAGUCUGGACAUGAAGAACUUCAGAAGUAUCUCUGCAGAGGAGAAUGUCUAAGAGUGAAUAAAGACAAAGCUGUUAAAUCUGAAUCAGAAGCUAAAGACAAGAGAUUCUCUCUGACUGACAAUAAAACAGACCGGAUCUUCACCGUCACCAUCACUGAUCUGAGAACAGAGGAUCAAGGCAAAUACUGGUGUGGAGUAACAACGGGAUUUGGAAAAUCUGAUUAUUACAGAGAGAUUCACCUGGAAAUUAAACUUGGUAAGAUGUCUGGAGUGUUUGGUGUGAUUGGAGGACGUCUCUCGAUCACCUGCCGUUAUGAAGGGGAACUGAAGAAUGAUGUCAAGUUCAUCUGCAAAGAAAGCAACCCGUCCCUGUGUGAGGAAUCAGCUAUCAAAGUCUCAUCAGAGACAAACAGCAGUAAACGGUUCUCUCUGAGCGACGAUGAGUCUGCAGUCUUUACUGUGACCAUCACUGGUCUGAGAGAAGAGGAUUCUGGGAUAUACUGGUGUGGAGCUGUACGGAGAGGACAAGAGCGCAAGAGCAAGUGGAUUUCAGUCAUUAAUCUGAGAGUUUCUGCAGCUACAACAGACAGACCUUCAUCUAAACCAACAACAGCUUCAUUUCGCACCAGCAAACCAGUGACAGCAGAUACUGCCUGGAACAGAACCGUCACACCUUCACCCUCAUCAACAUCUUCACCCUCAUCAACAUCUUCACCCUCAUCAACAUCUUCACCCUCAUCAACAUCUUCACCCUCAUCAUCAUCUUCACUAUCACCAUCACCAUCAUCUGCAUUGUUUUUCUCUGCUAACACAGACACACAACCAGGUUUCACGGCAAUCAGCAUGGUGGUGGUCAUCGUGAUACUGACAGGCCUUGGAUCGUCACUGUUCCUUUACUUGAGACGGAGGCAGAAGAAAGAAGGAACUCGGCCCAAAGAUGUGGUUCACAGCCCGGCUAAGAAUCUGCCCGAUGGAGAAACUAGAGAAGUCACACAUACAGACUGUGAUUACGAAGACAUCAGCAGCACUCUUGAUCAUCCUGACUAUAGUACGGUCCUUUUAGCCUUCACCGAACAUGACGCCCCUGUUUACGCUUUAGCACAAUUACCCAGCAGCCCCUCUGAUGAUCUCAACUACUCCAGCAUCAGAUUCCCAGCCUCACGUCUUUCAGACAGGACCUCUGAUGAGCAGGAGACAUGCCACUACUCAACAGUUAGACCAUAA